UGAGCUAAAGGACAAGCCCAGCCUCUUUCUCUUUCUCUCUCAUGCGACUGUCCCAGCUAGAGCUGAAGCCUAAGAGAACAAAAGAUGCCAGACAAACUCAGAGCCCUGCUUUAGGUGAAGCAGAUGCCAGCAUCCCAGGUGACAGCUGGAUAAUGGGGAGCCAAGAUCCCUGAGCAAGCCAGAAGGAAGGCAUCCAAUCAGACCUGGAUUACAGCAGCCAUGGGCGAGUGGGGAUUCCUGAGUUCCUUGCUGGAUGCGGUGCAGGAGCACUCACCCAUGGUGGGACGCUUCUGGCUGGUGGUGAUGCUCAUCUUCCGCAUCCUCAUUCUAGCCACAGUGGGCAGUGAUGUCUUUGAUGAUGAGCAGGAGGAGUUCGAGUGCAACACCAAGCAGGUGGGGUGCAAACAGAUUUGCUAUGACUUGGCAUUCCCCAUUUCCCAUUACCGCUUCUGGGUUUUCCACAUUGUAGUGCUCUCAGCCCCAGCUGUUCUGUUUGUAAUCUAUUCUAUGCACCAGACCACCAAGAUCAACCGUGGCUUGAAGGAAGCGGAUGGCGGUCAGGAUGAAGCCAAUCAGGCAGGGAAGAAAGUUCAGGUACAAUUUGAACUCCAGCCUAGUCAACGCACUCGAAAUAUUCAGACCUUCUACAUAGUCAAUGUCGUAGUAAGAAUCUUGGCUGAGAUGGGCUUUCUGGUAGGACAGUGGAUGCUGUAUGGCUUCCAAGUAGGAUAUCAAUACAUCUGCAAGCAUCGUAUGUGUCCUCAUCUCAUUGAUUGCUUUGUAUCUCGGCCAACCGAGAAGACCAUCUUCAUUCAGUUCUACUUCAUGGUUGGGCUUGUUUCAGCUUUUCUCAGCCUGGUGGAGCUGGCUCACCUUUUGCUCAAGAAGCGGUGCCGGAGACGUCACGUGAUCGCUCCUCCUGCCACUGCAUCAUACGAACAGCAGGACAAUUGGUCCAAUCAGAAACAAGAGAAAUCACAGCACUUUCUAGCUCCAGCUGAUGGGGGUACCAAUGGGACAUCAGCUCAUGAUGGGAUUCCUAACCAUUAUGAAUCCAAGGCUCAUUUCCAUCAUAAGAGCUCCACCAAGAGCAGCCGAUCUUCUCGCUCUUCUGCCAGAGGUGACUUGACAGUGUAAGAGCAGAGAAUACUUCCUUGUCUGCUUAUUCAUUUGUUCCCUGGAGGAGCUGGAUUCCUCCAGGGGUGGAACAUAAAUGGACGUCUAUUCUCAGCUGAAGUUGAGUAACAUAGAUCUGAAAUGCAAUGUUCUGCACUCGUUUGUAAUGGGACUUAGUCCCAUUUAUGACAAUUCAUUAUUUACUUUCGUAUACAUAUUAAGGGUAGAUUGAUAUGUCUCAAAAAUGCUUAAAUUUACUACCAUGUAAAGUAGAUUGAUAAGGCUUCUGAUGUUCUGGAAUAGAAGGAGUGAGAUGAUUUUCCAGUAUUCCAGGAUUUUCCUAAGUAGUCAAGCAAUUCACAUCUGAAUUAGCAAAAGCUGGAAUUUAUCUGGCUAUAGAGGAAUAUGAGUGUCAAUAAAAAAACAAGCAAUGAUGCCUUUGCUCUUUAAGGGGAUAUACCAUGGAACUCCAAAAUGCCAGGGCAGAGAAAUUCAGGCUUUUGAUUGGCUUGUCAGUGAAGUCCUCCUAGUCAGAGACCUGUAAAUCUGUUCAUGGGUAUAAUCUCUUGUUCAGAAGCAAGGCCCCGUGGCUUCUUUUGAGGCAUCCACUGCUGCUUAUUGUCCAAAAGAAAGCUGGGGUAGAUGUGGUGGUAGACUCACUCUCACUGCAGGGCCUUCAUAGCUUCCAGGGAAACAAAAACUGCCCAUUGGCACUGAAUGCCUGGGGGACCUUUGCUGAAGA